GUUUUUGGAAAACACAAACUAACAGUAAAUGCUCUUGCCACAGACGUGUGUGCCAAGCGACUUUAUACUGGUGGUGGAGAUGGUAUGAUUCUUUGUUGGGACAUUUUGACGGGUCAGUUAUUGCAGGAGUUAAAAGGGCAUGACGGCCCAGUUUUUCAUCUCUUGGUUCAUAACCGUAUGAUGUAUUCGUGCAGUUCAGACAAAACUGCACGAGCGUGGGUAAUAGAGUUCGGAGAGUGUACCAGAAUUUACUGUGGUCACGGACACACCGUUUCCAGUAUGCGGUACCUUGAUGGGAUGUUAUACACUGGAUGCGGCGACAAGCUUGCAAGAAUAUUUGAAGCCAAAUCAGGCACGUUAAGGAGAAUAUUUCGUGGUCACGCUCACGCCAUUAUGUGUAUGGAGGUGGUAAAGUGUAAGCUUUUUACGGGAUCCUACGAUGGGACAAUACGAGUGUGGGACACCACCGGAGUGACCGACGAGACUGUUUUUGGAGCUGGUGUCAAUGAAAUAGAUACAAAAGAGGUUGAAGACGACAGUGAGGAAAUUCGAAAAGCUAUGAAGUCUUUGGAUCCGUAUAUACGUUAG